UCGAGUUUUAUUAAAUUUUUUUUAAUAGCAUUACCAAAAACUAAAUUUAAAAUAAAAUUGUGUACGAGAGUGAGAACGCCGUAAAAAGCUAAAAACAGUGUUGCCAGUGCUCACAUUAAAAUUAACAGCCAGCACCCGCUUACUAGUCAGCCACGAUUUUCCAAGCCAAUUUUCUCCUUCAAUUCAACGGUUCGUUCACAGUGUAUUAGCCGUCGGCAUAACAAACUUCCAGCAACGCACAACUUGUUGCAUAGCAGCUGUAAAGCUUUGCUUGACAGCAGUUCACGUUUCGGUGCCUAAACAGAUUUUAACUUCCCCCACUGCGUCGAGCAGCCGUCGCGAGCUGCUCCCUACAAAUCGUCGUCAUCGAAUUCUCGCCUGUGUACGUUGAACGAAAAGACUUCAAGACGGUUGCCUCACGGUUCGAGUGGAAUGAGCAUAGGGACACUGGUCUUCCUUUCGAUAGAUCGGUUUUCAAGGUCGUUAAACUGAGCCCCAACUUGGAGCCCUACCCCGCCAGCGUGGAGGGCUUGAAUAGCCCUAGAGCGGUGGGGAUGGCCGCCACCUCGUAUAUGACACCGUCCAGCGGUGACCUAGACAUGGCGCUGGGCGGCGGUGGCUAUCACACCUCAUCGCCUCGGUCUGCCGCCGAUGCAGGCGAAAUGAAGUACAUGCAGCAUCAUCAUCAUCAUGCCGCCGCCGCUGCUGCCCACCAUCAGCUUCCAUCAUCUCCCAGCCCGAAUGCAGUCGUAGGCGGCGCGUCCGGAGCGGGUGGCGGUGCCGGCGGGAUGGGUCUUUCUACGACAGGGCUUAGUUCGAUUACACCCACAGGCGGCUUAGGCUCGAAUCCCUGGACCGCUUUACAUCCUUCCGAUCCCUGGGCGUCCAUGACACACCAUACACAUCAUCAUCCCGCAGAUGCGGUGAAGCAGGAAAUGUCACAUUUGUCACAGCAGUCGCGGGUUCAGCAAGGCAUGGCAUCCCCUCAUACAUGGCACGCACCGGUUCAUGCUCCCGCCCACUACGCACCGACGGGCGGUUCACCGUUGCAAUACCACCAUGCAAUGAACGGUAUGUUGCACCAUCCAGCGCAUGCAGCGCAUCACCAAGGUGUGGCACCGCUCCACCAUGCCUUACGCGGCGAGUCGCCACAGCUGCACAUACAUCACCACCUGCAAGGCGAUCGCGACGUGUCGGGCGGUGAAGAAGACACGCCCACUUCAGAUGACUUAGAGGCGUUUGCUAAGCAGUUCAAACAGCGCCGCAUUAAGCUCGGCUUUACACAAGCGGACGUCGGUCUAGCGCUUGGCACCCUGUAUGGCAACGUCUUCUCUCAGACGACAAUUUGCCGCUUCGAGGCUCUACAGUUAAGUUUCAAGAACAUGUGCAAAUUGAAGCCACUUCUACAAAAAUGGCUCGAAGAGGCUGACUCUACAACCGGCUCGCCGACCAGCAUCGACAAGAUCGCGGCGCAGGGACGCAAGCGCAAGAAACGUACCAGCAUUGAGGUGAGUGUAAAGGGCGCGCUUGAGCAACAUUUCCAUAAGCAGCCGAAGCCAUCAGCCCAAGAGAUCACUUCGCUAGCGGACUCGCUGCAGCUAGAGAAGGAGGUUGUGCGGGUGUGGUUCUGCAACCGACGGCAGAAGGAGAAGCGCAUGACUCCGCCGAACACAAUGGGCGGCGAUAUGAUGGACGGCAUGCCACCGGGUCACAUGCAUCCGCACGCCGGCUACCAUCCGCAUCACGAUAUGCACGGCAGUCCGAUGGGCACGCACAGUCACAGCCAUAGCCCGCCCAUGCUUAGCCCACAAAACAUGCAGUCCGCGGGGGGGCAUCAGUUAGCGGCUCACUAGCAAUCAGAAAUCCAGGAGUCGAACUCAGCUGCAGCUGCGUCCACUCCUGCAUCGCUGCAUCAGCAGCAACAACAGCAACAACACCAGCAGCAACAGCACCAGCCACAUAGCCAACAUACGCCAAAUACGCCGUCGUCGUCUGCGGGCUCCUCGGCGACGAUGACGACCAAUGUGCUGUCGCCGCAAUCGCCCAUCGGUGCGGGCCUGGCUGCGAAUAACAAUAAUAACAAUAACAACAACAGUACGAAUAAUAAUAACAACAACAAUAACAACGAUAGUGAUCACUUGGCUCAGGUGAAACAACAGCAGCAACAGCAAGCGUCAUCGAUAGCGGCCGCUGCAGCCGCCGCUAUGUACAUCGAUCCGAUGCGCUACCAGCACCACCAUCCACAUCAACACCCGCACCUCAAUCCCGCGCACCAUCCGCACCUCUUUCACACCAGCGAUCAGCAGCACCCAGCGCUGCAACAUCCCGCCGCCCAUCACCAACAUCUGCAACAGCCGCAAACAUCACCCGGCGCAGGCAGCAGUAGCGGCGCCUUGCAAGCGCCAUCCUCAUCGCCCUCCUCCGCGUCCUCCGUGCUGGGUGUGGGCAGUGCGGCGGGCAUGCAUCACCUCAACCUAAACCCGCAUUCGCUACACCAGCAUCAUCAUCAUCACCAGCAACAGCAUCACCAUCAGCAGCAACAACAACAGCUACAUGCCCGCCGGCUCUUCGAAUGGAGUUUACAAUUCGGUGCCGCGGCACCAAGCGUAAGGCACUUCAACUCCUUCGGCGGAAGCGGUGAAUAGCACACGUCCGCCGCAGCGGCAGCGUCGGCCGCCUGGUUCGGGUAUGAGUCGUCUUAAGCGAAGCGCGUAAGAUGAAAAUCAGCCAGGAACUAGGCGCUGCGCUUUGAAACGUUGCGGCGUAUAGGGAAACCAAAUGACAGCGGUAAGGCAGAAGAGCGGUCUCACCACGCGUGCAGUUAAGGUCUGAAUUUGUUAUUGAAAAAGGACCAUAUGACCCAACGAUCGAGUCAUAGAAUCAAACGCCAAACGGGAGCAAACGAAUCGCUCAGAGGGCAGUGGGCCAGUUAAAUAGACUUGUUAAUAAGUAUGUGGACGGUUGUACGCCAUUUGCCAGAGCUAUACCAGUGCAUUAAUCUGUGUUAACUUAAAAUUAUUAAGUAAAUGAAGUAAAUAAAAAAAUGAAGUAACAACCGAAUAAAAAGUAGCAGUAGUCUUUAAUAGAAAGAAUUUUACACAGUUGAUGUAUGGAAGUACUAAAUAACGAUCUACUUAAGCUCUCCUUGUAGACAACAAAAACAACAACAACAUCUUGAAUUAAAUGUAUAAUCGAAGCAAAAAAUAAAACGCAAAAAACAAAAAAAAAACAAACUCGAAAGUUUCUAAAACUUGCAAAUAUUAAUGCAAUUAAAAUCAAACAAGAAACUAAGUGAUGUUUUUAAGAAAAACAAAUUAAAAUAAAAUAGAGUUUUGCAUUUAGGAUAAGCAAAUGUGAAAAAUGGCAAAAAAUUGUAAGCAUCUGAAUUAAAUGUUAAAAAAUGCAUGCAAUAAUUUAUAGUUUAAUGAAUGUAAAUGUUAAUUGUAAAUUUUUGCAAAACGAGCGCAACGGUGGGUAAUCGCAUAGAACAAAACCAACAACAACAACAACAUCAAGACAUUCUUAAUUAAAAACAUAACUUCACACUGUAAAAAAACAUUUAAAAAUACCAAAUAAUUCAGUUUAAUUUCAUAAAUUGCGCUGAAACAACGUCGAAAGCCACCUAAUUGCAAA